AUGGUGAAUAUGAAAGAAGAGAUCAGGAAAGCCAUGGAGGAGUUGCACUAUAUUUUCGAAGUCGAUGGAUUGAGCUAUAAGAAUUUAUGCAUCCAUCCGAAUCUCGACCUCCCAGAAGGGUUCAAAGUGCCAAAGUUUGUCACUUUUAAUGGAACAGGAAAUCCUCUAGCACAUCUGAGAGUUUAUUGUGAUCAACUCGUGGGAGUUGGCAAAAAUGAAGCAUUAUUGAUGCGUCUCUUCGGUCGAAGUCUAAGUGGAGAAGCUCUGGAGUGGCUUACAUCACAGGAGCUGAAACAAUGGAAAAGUUGGAAUGCACUCGCAAGGGAUUUCACGGAAAGAUUUGGACAUAACAUAGAAGAUGCCCCAGGUCGCUACUACCUGGAGAAGAUCAAACAGAAGUCUACAGAAAAUUAUCGAGAGUACGCUUUUCGUUGGAGAAAAAAGGCCGCAAGAGUUCAACCUCCAAUGUCCGAAUGUGAGAUCGUUGAAAUGUUCAUUCGUACUCAAGAGCCUGAGUACUAUGAAAGAAUGUUGUGUAUGAUGGGACAAAAGUUCGUCGAGAUUGUCAAAGUGGGAGAAGCUUUGGAAGAUCAUUUCAAGACUGGAAAGCUCACCAAACAUACCGCAUUGCAAUCUAAUGGAAAAUCUACUAGAAUCAGUGAUAUGGAUAGACCAAAAGGAAAAGUGGAGGAGGUAAGUACGAUCACGGCUACUCAUAUGAGGUCAGCUUCUCAAAAGAAAUAUCAAAACCAUAAUGUCAGUCAGGAAAAAUUUCCUCGCCCAAAAUUCGGAAAGGCUCCUAAGGUAUUUACCCCAUUAAGGGAGUCAGAAACUCAACUUUAUGAAAGGUUGAAAGCAAUGGGUAUGCUCUAUCCUAUAGAAGGAAGACCAGCUAAUCCUUUGGGAAAAUUUUACAGAGCUGACCACAGAUGUGCUUGUCAUUCAGGAGCUGUUGGACAUGACACAGAGAAUUGUUCAACUCUGAAGCGCAAGAUACAAAACAUGAUCAACAACAACUUGAUCAAUAUUGAGGAAACCACCUGA